UGAAAGGGCCAGAAGGUUGAGAACCACUGCUUUAAGGUGUCUCUGUAUAUAUUAUUUUCUACAGCUCGUUGCCACCCCUACAUAGAACGAAUGGAUCGCACAGUGUUGGAAAACACCUCCAUUUCAGUCAUCGGCCUUUACAAAUGCCACAAUUUGGAAAAACACAGGUUUCCAAGUUCUCUUGAGAAACAGCAAGAGUGGUUACAGGAGCCCAGGUGAUUUGGCGACAGCUGCCACAGCCUCUCACCGCGGGUGGCUACGGCGGGAACUCUCACAGCAGGUCCAGAGAGCUCGCGGUGAUGGCAGACGGGUAUGUGUGGUUUGAAGGGAUCCCUUUCCCUGUGGUGGACUGCACCCCUGAACACCUGAGAGCAAUGCAGGACUUUGUGUUUAAGGAUGAAGAUGUCUUAACAGUGUCUUUCCCCAAAUCAGGAACGAACUGGUUGCUUGAAAUCCUCUGCCUGAUAUACUCCAAGGGAGACCCCACAUGGGUCCAAUCUGUGCCUAUCUGGGAACGCUCUCCCUGGGUUGAGAACACACAUGGGUAUCAAAUCCUAAAGGAUAAGGAAGGCCCACGCCUCAUCACCUCCCAUGUCCCCAUCCACCUCUUCCCCAAGUCUAUCUUCAAGUCCAAGACCAAGGUGAUUUAUCUCAUCCGAAAUCCCAGAGAUAUUCUCGUGUCUGGUUACUUUUUCUGGAUUAUUUCCAAGUUCGUGAAGAGACCAGAGUCCCUGGAACAGUAUUUCGAGUGGUUCACCCAAGGACACGUCUCUAUUCUAUGUUUGCCAGGCAUUUCUGGAGACUGGAAAAAUCACUUCACAGUGGCCCAAGCUGAAGUCUUCGACAGGAUAUUCUGGGAGCAGAUGGCAGGCCUCCCUCCAGAGCUGUUCCCAUGGGAAUAAUGCUCAAAGACGUCCAGAGCGUACGGAGAGAAAUAUUUGUUCUCCUGCCUGUGUACAUGUGAAUGACUGCUGGCAAUUGCAUAAAACCUGUUACUUCAUCCUGGAGCUUUGAAUCAUCCGCUUUCUGAACUUUGACGACUUGACUGUUAAAAAUUAUUAGGGUAGUCCAGGCAGUGUGGUCCAGUGGUUGAGCAUCAACCUAUAAACCAGGAGGUCACCGUUGA